UAUCCUCUGUUUAUGUUUAUGUUUCUUUACAUUAUCAAUACUGAUGGUCCAUUAGAAAAAAAUCGAUUGAUUGUAAAAUGCCUGUAGACAUUACGAGGCUGACGGAAGGCUGGCUGGAGCUGGAAAGUGACCCGGGGCUUUUCACCCUCCUCCUGGAAGACUUCGGGGUCAAAGGUGUCCAGGUGGAAGAGAUCUACGAUCUGCAGAAGUCGUUGGAAGGGCCGGUAUACGGUUUUAUAUUCUUGUUCAGAUGGAUCGAGGAGAGGAGGUCGAGGAGGAAAAUAGUGGAUCAGAGCGAGAUGUACGUCAACGACGAGGAGAUAGUCAACAAUAUAUUUUUCGCCCAGCAGAUGGUACCCAACAGCUGCGCGACGCAUUCUCUCCUGUCUGUUCUUCUCAACUGUGCUAAUAUACAGUUAGGGUCGACGCUUAGUCGGCUGAAGGGACAUACUGUGGGCAUGGACCCGGAAAACAAGGGCUGGGCGAUCGGCAACAGCCCCGAGCUGGCACGCGCGCACAAUUCGCACGCGAUGCCCCAGGCGAAACGCCGGCUGGAUAAAUCGUCCGGCGUCUCGACCGGCAGGUACACAGGCGAAGCGUACCACUUUGUCAGCUAUGUACCGAUAAAUGGUCACCUUUUUGAACUGGACGGGUUGAAACCGUCUCCGAUCGACCACGGCCCUUGGGACAAUGGAGAAGACUGGACUGAAAAGUUCCACAGGGUGAUAGCAGACAGGCUCGGGGAAAAGUACAAUGACAUCAGAUUCAAUCUGAUGGCUGUGGUUCCGGAUAAACGUUUGGCCUUAACCCACAGGCUAAACAUGCUUCGAACAAACAGACAGAUAGUUCUAGACGCCCUUCAACAGUUGGUGAGCGAUCGAUGCGAAGGUGGAGACGAAGUUUCACUCGUUAUCGGAGAAGAGAUUAAAGAUUACACGACGCCGAUCGUCAUCAGGACGUCCGAAGAGGACAAAUUCAUCGUGAUACGCGUUCCGAAGGGGGACAAGCAAGAAGAGUCGCAAGGGCUCCAGAGGACGUUCUCGCCUAAGGACUUGUUGGCGCUUCUCAAGAACCUCGAUUCAGAAGUCUCCUCGACUGAGGCUUCCCUCCGCGAAGAAAAUGACAAGAGGAGAAGGUAUAAAAUCGAUGACUGCCGUCGGACGCACAACUAUGACGAGUUCAUAUGCACUUUUCUUUCGAUGCUGGCCGAACAGGGCAAGCUGACUGAACUCGUCGUCCCACCUUCAGUCGUCCCGAAGAAAGUAGUCGUAACCAAAAGGACUCAGGAACGACAGAAUAAAAAGAAAACAAAACAGAGAAGAAGAAAAUAAUUACUCGCUUUGAUAAUUAAGAAAGCAUUUUUAUGAUCCUUCCGUUUGAAUUCUAAUGACAAGCAAUAAUUUAUUAUUAGAAAAAUAAAGAAAUGAAUUUCAAUGAAUCUAUUCAGAGGCAUGAAAUGGAAAAAAGGUUUUUCCAGUUUUGAUACUAUUGUAAA